UCACGUCCUCAUGCUAAAUCGCUCCAAUUGCCGACUUGAGGCCGUGAAAUUUGAGAAACAGGCUUAUGUAGUUAUGAAACCUGAUACGUCUCGAUUCCCGUGUCAAGCAUAAACUGUUAUUUCAAGCAAGAAGCGUUUCCAUCCAGAAAUUUUCUUUCCCAGGAAAAUUCAAUUGUCCCUUACGUAUCUCACCAGCAAUGACUAACCAGACAAACUUAUCAUCCAACGAAUCUCCCACUGCUGCUGCAUGUGAUGUUGAUACAAGAUAUUAUCCUCAUUUCUUAUUGAUACCUGCUGCAAUGAUUCUGACAAUUUUGGCGUUUUUGCGACGAAGAAAAAGUUACAAGAAAGAUUUUUGGGGAGGUCGACCAGGACUCGUUAUCCCUGUUGAUUUCCUUGGUAUUGAUCAUGACCGACUUGCCACCAUGUUUGUGUUUGGAGCUGCUACUGAAUCAAUCAUUACGCUAGUCACAAAGUUUGAAAUUUCAGGUUCAAACGGUUGGGAAAAAGCGUUCCUUCUCUUCGGCAUUGCAAUUGAAUAUGCUGUCAUUUAUUAUCCCUACUUUGCUUGCCUGACGACGUAUCACAAAAUUUGGUGCAAUGAUGGGUCUUCCAUAUUGUAUAGUCAAUUUUGUGUAACUUUAACACAAACGUUUCAGAGAUGUCAGAAUAAUUCUUCGACCUACAUCGCAUUAUUCGUAUUGAUGAUUUUGCCAAUAGUGAUAAGCAAUCUGUUUCCUGGGCAAGUUCAUAUUCGAUUUUAUCGGGAAAUUAAAGAAUAUGGAAUCUUCGGAGUAAAGCUAUUUUCCCGCGAUGAUGAAAGUUCGUCUCCACAAGUGAAAUUGCUCAGACCUUGGUUGAGGGAACACGUGAAGAACAUUUUCAAACCAAAACCUCGUCAAUAUUCAAGAAUAAAGUUUUUUCUGAGGAAAGUUUACAAUCCCGAAAAAGAUUUUAAGUUUUCGACUGAAACUCUCUCUGUGAUGAUGAUCUGCGGCAUUCUGCUUUAUAAUGGUUGUGUAAUAUGUGUUUUUUAUAUGUUCUUUCUACGCAAGUAUAACCAACCGGGCAAACAGAAAAUUCUACUUGACCCCGCUUUGCGUUCUUGCAUCUAUUUGUCAAGUGUGCUAUUGAGAGAAAUUGAGAAAACAAAACCUUCGGAUGCUUUAGACGAAGCAAUUUUGGAUUUGUCACGUGGGAUUAUUGGUUCAUCAUUGGCUAGUGCAAUCCUCACGACUGUGAUCUGUGCGCUUUCCCUCAUUCUUUUCAUGGAAAAUCAUAAGAAUAACAUGCUGAGAAUGUUCAGAGGGGAUAAAUCGUUCAUCGCUAAGAACAUAAGCGUGUCUCAGUUUAUGGUUGGAAAAGGACUUCGAUAUCAUAGUUUUCAAAUUGGAUACUUUUUGUGGGGUAGGUGUUAGUUGAUUAUGCAUGAUAAGUAUGUUAUACCAUCAAAU